UCGACUCAUCAGCACCACCUUAUCCAUGUCAAACAUUAACUACUUGGAAUUUCAGGACAAUAGAUUCUCUCAAGAAUCUAAAGCCGUACAAGAUUCUCAACUUCAAGAGAAUAAAAAAUGUAGCAUCACCCACAAAUUGACACAAGACCAAGAGUUUUACAUUAUGGUGUCAGCUCUCCGGCAUGUGAUCUGCGGCGCCGAUGGAAAGACCGACGGCGAAGCAGCUCAGCUUAUAAGGGAAGUUGAAAAUGCAAGUGCAGCCACGUCAGCUUCCAUAUUGCCACGUAGGAGCAUUGUGGAGCCAACUGUGUCAGCUGCCACUUAUCUAGCUUGUCACAUUGGGAGUAGCACUACUACUUCUUUUCACGUAAAGCGAGAGAAUUUGGAGUUGCAGAAGGGAAGGAGAAGAAGGAGAAAUACGAAGAAGGAAUACAGAGGAGUGAGACAAAGGCCGUGGGGAAAAUGGGCAGCAGAAAUUAGAGACCCACAUAAAGCGCAACGAGUUUGGCUUGGUACUUUUAUUACUGCUGAAGAAGCUGCUAGAGCUUAUGACAAGAAGGCUAUAGAAUUUAGAGGAGAAAAGGCCAAGACCAACUUCCCAAUUUCAGAAUAUGCCGCCGCUGCUACUACAGUUACUGAUCAUAAUAAUAAGUUGCCAAUGGUAGUGGAAGAAUUACAAGUCCAAAAGGGGGUGAAUAAUGGAAUAGUGGCAGGUGAUGAUAAUGGUGAAAGCAAUGUGCAAACUGGUGAUGAUUUUUGGGAUACGUUGGAAGAUGAUGGACUUGUCAAGUGGAUAACCAAAGAUAUGUCGCUCUGAUCUUUCUAUUAAGUUUAUUGGUUUGUCCGCACUUUCUUUUCCUUGUUUCUCUUUUUUAAGUCUCUCUUUUUACCGCUUUUCAGCUUUUUGGGACUUGGAGUAGUAGGAAAAUUAUGUUGUUGGCUGGGUAUGUAUUGUAUUUAUAACUAGUAGUACUACUAGUAAAGUUGCAAUUAUUUCAAAAAAAAUUUAU